GCAAAACUUUGAUAUUAUUGCAUAAUAGAUUUUUAUGCAGUUGUGAACAUAUGAUACUCAUUAGACUAGGAUACCUUACAUUAACAUGUACAAUGUACAUGAUAUUUAUGUACAGCGUGAGACUUGAUGAUUGAACUCAUAAAAAAGCAAAUCGUCAAAUAGCUCUUAUUUAAGUUGUACAACGUGAUAACACUUUCAAUGAAGUUAAUUGUAAAACUAUGAGUACAUAAAAAAUGUGUUGCUCAUUAUUUUAAUUGUACAGUACACGUGCACAUAUAAAUGUAGUGAUAUUGGUACAUAGUGAUUGUAAUUGUACAAUGUGAGCAUAGAAAUUUGAAAAUAAUAAGUACAAAUAUGUACAUCGUGAUAAAAGUUGUACAGUGCAGUACAAUGUAAAUAGAUUAAUAAAUGGAGAUUAUUAGAAAAAGAUUUUCUAAUCGUGGUGGUCGGCGAAGAUCUGAAGGUCCCGAGCACCAAGAUGAACUAGAUGUUGACGGUGUACCACCGUAUGAAGAUCGACUGGGUCCAGAUGGGGCCGAGGGGGAGAACCCCGUACUUCCACAGGCUGGAUCUGUAGUUCCCUUCGAGGAUGUUAAUGAGGAGAGCCAAGAGGAACAGGAUGAAAACUACGACAGUGUUCCAACUGGAUCCCUGGAGCGAGGUGGAGUACUACCCUGGGGGGCUCCUAAAGAACGAGUCAGGUUCCCCUCGACUGUGCACAUCGAGACGGACAUCAAGCCCGGGGAGUUCGUUAUGCGAACUCUCUUUGCAGAAUUCACUAUUCAGGCUGAGAAGAAGAUAACUGCCGCCAUGAUGGAAUCCUUGGAACGCCCACUUUCUAAAACCCUGCAGAGGGGGGAGGAUCCUCAUUUUGAUCAGCUUCUAUCAGCCUUUGGAGAGGUAGCAGAGCACUGUCUACCCUCCCUCCUGAAAACACUGAUUGCCUGGUAUGAGAAGCAGGGGGUAGAGUUCAUCUUCUCUGAGUACAAGCCCAGCAAGUCCGACAGCAAGGGGAAGAGCGAACUGAGUCAUGUGACUGAAAUGGAAUUUGUCUCUGAGCGUCGUGAUUUGGCGGUGGAAUUUAUAUUCUGUCUUUGUCUCAUAGAGGUUCUGAAACAGCUGCAUGUACAUCCAGGUCAUGAGGACUUGGUUAGAUACAUUGAGAGCCUUUGUUUCCGACACUUUAAGUACCGUGGGCCAGGAGAGACCCUGGGACCCAAUGCUACUUCUAUUCACAACAUUGCUGAUCUUUACGCCGAGGUUCUUGGUGUUCUUGUCUCUUCAAGAUUCCAGUCUGUUAGGAAAAGGUUUUUAAGUGAGCUGAAGGAAUUGAGAAGUAAGGAACCAACUCCUCAAACCUUCCAAUCUAUCAUCUCACUCCUCAUGGGCAUGAAGUUCUUCAGGGUAAAGAUGGUUCCUAUCGAGGAGUUUGAGGUGUCCUUCCAGUUCAUGCAGGAGUGCGCCAACUACUUCCUGGAAGUCAAGGACAAGGAUAUAAAGCACGCCCUGGCUGGACUCUUUGUGGAGAUUCUGGUGCCCGUAGCGGCCUCGGUGAAAAAUGAGGUUAACGUUCCCUGCCUCAAGAACUUUGUUGAACUGCUCUACAGUCAAACUCUGGAUAUGUGCACUAGGAACAAGCACAGGUUGGCGCUUUUCCCGCUUGUGACCUGUCUUCUUUGUGUAUCUCAGAAAACAUUCUUCUUGAACAACUGGCACUCCUUCCUCACCAUGUGUCUUCAGCAGCUCAAGAACAAGGACCCCAAGCUCUCCAGGGUCGCCUUGGAGUCCUUGUACCGUCUCCUCUGGGUCUACAUGAUCAGGAUUAAAUGUGAGUCCAAUAAUGUGACUCAAAGUAGGCUUCAAUCUAUUGUGAACUCUUUGUUCCCAAAGGGGUCCAAGACAGUGGUUCCCCGGGACACCCCUCUCAACAUUUUUGUCAAAAUUAUUCAAUUUAUCUCUCAGGAGAAGCUUGACUUUGCAAUGAGAGAGAUAAUUUUUGAUCUUCUGUCUGUAGCUCGACCCAUUAAGUUUAUAAAUGCUCCGGAAAGAAUGUCAAUUGGGCUGCGAGCUUUUCUAGUUGUUGCAGACUCAUUACAACAGAAGGAAGGAGAACCUCCUAUGCCAAGAACUGUUGGUGUUAUGCCAUCUGGAAGUACUCUUAGAGUAAAGAAAACAUUCCUCAACAAAAUGCUGACAGAAGAUGCUGCCAAGAGCAUUGGUAUAUCCCCAUAUUAUCCAUAUGUAAGAAAAGUAUUUGAUGAUAUACUCAGAGCCUUAGAUGCUCAGUUUGGAAAACCUUUCAUGCUGACUAACUCAGCUGGUGUUAAGUCAGAUGCAGAGGAUGCAAAACCCAAACUUGAUUUGUUCAGAACUGUUAUUGCCGCGAUUCCAAGACUAAUUCCAGAUGGGAUGUCAAGAUCUGACCUUGUUGAAACUUUAUCAAGGUUGACAGUGCAUACAGAUGAAGAGAUCCGAGUUCUCUCUUGCCAAGCCUUACAAAAUCUGGUGAUUGACUUUCCUGAGUGGAGAGAGGAUGUCCUCUGGGGGUUUAUGCAAUUUUUUGUCAAAGAAGUAACAGAUCUUAAUACAAGCCUACUGGAUAAUGGGCUUCGUAUGACUAACCAGCUUCUUGGAGCCUGGAGAUCUGCCCUUGAAAGAGUAAUUCCAACUCUUCCAAAUAUCAUAGGACCUGAUCCGACCAAACCUGAUCCUGAUAAACCAGAUAUCCUUAAAGUUCUUCACUAUGCAGAGGGGUUUGCUUUAACCAUGCUCUGUCACAUAAGAACAGCCACCAGAAAGCUGGCAGUACAUAUGCUCAAGGAGGUUAAGAUGUUAUUGAAGCUUACUGGAAGUACCAGAGGCUCAGAGUUAGCUGUAAUUGAUGCUAUGGAUCAGGAUACCAGAACAGUUAUAGAAGAGUGUUCACAUCUCUUUCCUUUACCUGACAAGAGUAUUAUCAGUUCUGUUAAUUCUUUAGAUUUCCAAUGGUUAGCUGACCGAAACUCAACUCAGUGGACAUCUGGAUUUCAUGAUGAUGGAACAACAAGAUCUGGUUCAACUCAACAAUUAUUUACUUCAGAUCCUUGGUCUGCCUGUCUUCUAGGUUUUCUACAACACACCAGUUUACCAAAGAAAUGUCCAUCAGCUAUUUUGCAUACAUGGCCAAUUAUCCAUACUCGUCUUACACAGCUUUUCCCUACAGUACAACCAAUACCAGUACAAGAGCAAAGGUCUAGUCUCUUCCCUGGAACAGCUCCAAAGAAACCUGCAAAUGAGAGAGACAUCUCGUUGCAUCUUUGGAAGAACUAUAUAGCUGUGGCCUGUAGAGUUGUUCCCCCCAAUACUGCAUCAGCCUCUGGGUUUAGAUGUGUUUCUCCUGAUUUGUCCUUGACUCAUCUGUCUUCAUCUCCAGAAUCCUUGCAGUUCUUAGAUAGGCAAGACAGUAAGAGUCCAAGUCCAAUGUUAUCUCCUACAGUCUUUUACAAGCUGUUGAUUCCACUACUGAGGUGUGAGGUGUCUGACAUGCGAGAUUGUGUUGUUCAUGCCCUGGGUAAUAUCAAUCAUAAUUCUUUGAUGGAUUUACUGGGGGAAAAGACUAUGCUGGAUUUCAUUCAAGAAGCAUUGGAAAAGAAACCUGAAAGAAGAAGAAGAAGAAAUAGGGAUUUACUCAGACUUCAACUUGUUCGUCUGUUUGAACUAAUAUCCAGGCAUGGAACCUUCAGUCGGUCAAAUGGUGUAGUUGAUGAGGGUACAGAGUCUCUAGCCAUGAUUUUUAUUGAGUGUAUAAGUGGAGUUAGGGAUCUUUUAGAAAUAGAUGUGGACAAGGACUCAACAGGUACAAUUAAGGACAUUAAGGUCCACUUCAUUGGGUUCAUAGUGGAACUGACAGGCUCAUUUGUCUUGGAGAAGAGGAGUACUUUAAUCCCCAAGAAGCUGAGACAGCAGUUGUUUAACCUUUUUGCUGGUUGGUCAGGUAGGUUCGGACAACUCUUUGGAUUGAACACUAGAGCUUCCUCAGGAGAGAAUAUGUGCACAGAGUUUGAAUUCUCUGCUUUGCAAGCCAUGCUUGCUGUUCUCUGUAGUGGACCCUGUUUUGAUCAUAACAUGUUUGCUGAAGACGGAGAUGUAUACAAGCUCUUAGAUCUUCUUCUUGCCAGUGAAGACCCAAAUAUUUACAGUGAAGGGGAGAAGGCUGUUGUGAUGUUAUUGGAAGUAAAUCCAAACCUCUCCACACUCCUAGAUUGGGUGGUGGAUAGAUGUUAUACAGGUUCUAACAGGAAAGCAGAUGGAUGUUUUCUUGCAUUGGCAACCAUCUUCAGCACUAAGGAGUAUCCAUGCGAUCACUACACAGCUAUAAUAAAUGUAACACUGAUGAACUGUGGAUGUCCAAGAACACCUGUUCAUGAAACUGCUUUACAGCUCCUGCAGAUUCUAGAUAACAGAUUCUUUGGAACUGUUCUUCCACUUGGAAAUGAGGAUGAUUUGUCUGGUGGUAAAGAACAGUCAACCCUUGAUGUUCUUCUCUCAACUACAUACAGCAGGUCACAGCAGUAUCUUUCAAGGCAAUUGUCUCAGCUACAUCCAAUGCUAACCAUGCCAAUGUUCAGUGAGAUCUGCUCUAGACUCCAGACAGCUAGACCUGUUGCAAGACAAAAUUUACUACAGUAUCUCCUUCCUUGGCUUUACAACAUGGAGCUUGUGGAUCCCAAUAUACCUCCACAUCCUAGCAACUAUCAUUAUCCUUACUAUCAAUCUUAUGAGAUGGGAAGGCCAGGCGUAAGGCGUGAGGGUUGGGGAUCUGCAGAAGCUACUGAAAUGGUUACAAAUAAUAUGUUCUACAUUACCUGCAAGUUUGGAGAUGAUCAUCCUAAAGAAGUAGAAGAACUUUGGUCCGCUCUUUGUGCUUGUUGGCCUAACAACUUAAGAGUGAUUGUUAGAUACCUUCUUAUUGUCUCUGGUAUGGCUCCAAAUCAAGUACUUGACUUUAGCAAGAGAGUGGUUCUUUACCUAGGCAGAUCACAGCCUGUCAGAACAUUGGAAGAGAUCAUGCUGGAGUUACAAACUGUAGAAACCUUUAAUGUUAUCAUUGAGAGGACAGAAACACCUCCCUACUUCAGGCUGACCAACCUGAGGAAAGCAUCCAGCAACUUUGACAACAACAAUGCAUCUGAGUCAAACACUGGUACAGUCAGCAGUAAGAACGAGAUGACUAUAGAGAAGGGAACUAUUCACACUAAAAGGCACUCCCAGGAGGAGCCAGGCAAAGAGAAAACAGAGUUAAGUCUAGCAGGCUCUCUCAGAAGUGCUGGAAGUAUGGCAACCAGUGCUGGCAGUGCCAUCAUACAGAAGGUAGCUGAGAAAGCUCGAGCCCUAUCAGGAAGCCCAAUGAUGUCCCAAAGUCAGAUUGUUCACAGUCAGCUAACCACAUCCCACCUUAGCAACCAGAUGUCCACCAGCCACCCAGCUCCUAGUUCUAACAAUUGGAAACCUUAUGAGGCAUCGAACCCCGGCUGGAAACCCGGGGAUUCUACCUCUGGUGCUGGUUGGAAACCUCUUGUAACAGGGAAUGAUGAGCACAUGAACUCUGGGAAGAGCAUUCUGCAGGAUCAAAAUUCACUAAGCUUAGAACCUUCAGUAGCAGAAUCUGUUGAGAUCUCAGGAGAUGUGAACGAUGGUUUGCCCCAUCCUCUUCCAAUGCCUGAGUUUGGAGGAUGGUUUGCUCCGCUAACUGAGUUUCUUCCAGAUCCUGCCAAUCCUAUCUCAAGUUUUCAUAG